UGUCACGUCACGUGCGGAGUCCAGGGUUGGAUACGCGGCGAUGGCGACUCGGCGCUUUAGCAGAAGGGACUGAUACGGCUAUUGGAUUUGACAGUUUAUUUAUUGUAUGAUUUGUUAUUUAUUGCAGUCAAAGUGCACAAAUCGUCGACGAAACCCUCAGCUGAGUCUUUCCCGGAGCUCCCUCUCGAAUUCAAUGUCCUCAUUCUCAGUGGGUCUGUCGCAACAGAAUCUGAAGACUGCAUCUCCUGUGUUCUCUCUCUGAGUGAAGUUUGGCUCUGGUGGAGACGGUGGGCGUGUCCGGGCCGGGUGUACCGCACUCUCUCACUGGGGCCAUGUUUCCUGUUCUGCAGGAAGAGGAGGGGCAGCAGAGCCUGGAGUGCAUCCAGGCCAAUCAGAUCUUCCCCAGGAAGUCCCCUGUCCUGGAGGAGGACAGCCUGCAGGUCCCCUUUCCAGAACUGCAUGGGGAGUUCACAGAGUAUGUGGGGAGAGCUGAGGAUGCCAUCAUCGCUAUGUCUAGCUACCGCCUGCACAUCAAGUUCAAAGAGUCCAUCGUCAAUAAUUGUUCGUGUGAGGUGUCAGUCCCGCUGCAGCUCAUCGAGAGCGUGGAGUACCGCGACAUGUUCCAGCUCCAUGUCACCUGCAAGGACUGCAAGGUCAUCAGGUGCCAGUUCAGCACGUUUGAGCAGUGUCAGGAGUGGCUGAAGAGGCUGGCGGGCGUGAUCCGGCCCCCGUCCCGUCUGGAGGAGCUCUUCUCCUUCGCCUUCCACGCCUGGUGUGUGGACGUGUACGCGGGGGAGAAGGAGCAGCACGGGGAGCUGUGCAGGCCAGGAGACCACGUGACCUCGCGAUUCAAGAACGAAGUGGAGCGGAUGGGCUUCGACACUCAAAACGCCUGGAGGAUAUCCGAAAUCAACAUCAAGCACAGGCUCUGUGCUAGCUACCCACAGAUGCUGCUGGUGCCAGCCUGGAUUACCGACAAAGAGCUGGAGAAUGUGGCUGCCUUCCGCUCCUGGAAGAGGUUUCCGGCUGUGGUGUACAGGCACCAGAGCACGGGCGCGGUCAUCGCCCGCUGCGGCCAGCCCGAGGUCAGCUGGUGGGGGUGGCGCAACGCCGACGACGAACACCUGGUGCAGUCCAUCGCCAAGGCCUGCGCCGUGGACUGCAGCUCCCGCAAACACCUGGCCAACGGGUCCUGCUCCCGCGAGUGCGCCAGCAGCGAAGUGCUCUCCGACGCGGACUUCGACUCCUCCAUGACCAACAGCUCGGAGGUGGAGACGCUGGCCAUCCAGUCGCAGAAGCUGCUGAUUUUGGACGCCCGGUCGUACGCGGCCGCCGUGGCCAACAGGGCCAAGGGAGGGGGCUGCGAGUGUCCAGAGUACUACCCGAACUGUGAGGUGGUGUUUAUGGGCAUGGCCAACAUCCACUCCAUCCGCAAGAGUUUCCAGUCUCUGCGUUUUCUCUGCACACAGAUGCCCGAUCCAGCCAACUGGCUGUCGGCCCUGGAGGGCACCCGGUGGCUGCAGCACCUGUCCCUCCUGCUCAAAGCCUCCCUGCUGGUGGUGAACGCUGUGGACCGGGACCAGCGGCCCGUCCUGGUGCACUGCUCCGACGGCUGGGACCGCACCCCGCAGAUCGUGGCUCUGUCCAAGCUGCUGCUGGACCCCUACUACCGCACCGUGGAGGGUUUCCAGGUCUUGGUGGAGACGGAGUGGCUGGACUUCGGUCACAAGUUUGCGGACCGCUGCGGUCACGGGGAGAACUCGGAGGACCUGAACGAGCGCUGCCCCGUCUUCCUGCAGUGGCUGGACUGCGUGCACCAGCUGCAGAGGCAGUUCCCCUGCUCCUUCGAGUUCAACGAGGCCUUCCUGGUAAAGCUGGUCCAGCACUCCUACUCCUGCCUGUUUGGGACGUUCCUGUGCAACAGUGGGAAGGAGAGAGAGGACCAUCACAUCCAGGAGAGGACCUGCUCUGUGUGGUCACUGCUGCGGCCGGCCAAUCGUGCGCUGCGCAACAUGCUCUACUCCUCCCACUCUGAGACGGUGCUGCACCCGGUGUGUCACGUUCGGAACCUGAUGCUGUGGACGGCGGUCUACCUGCCCAGCUCCUCGCCCACCACGCCCUCCGAUGACUCGUGCGCCCCGUACCCAGCGUCCGGGGCCAGCCCCGAGGACGGCCCCAUGGGCAGGCUUCCGAAGACGAGGUCCUUUGACAAUCUCCCCAUGGCGUGUGAGGUGGGGGGCUCCCUCGCCCCAAACCGCCGUUCCAGCGACCCCAGCCUGAACGAGAAGUGGCAGGACCACCGCCGCUCUCUGGAGCUCAACAUGGCUGUGGGGCCCGACGGGGGAGGGCCUCCCGACCCGGAGGGCCGGGCCAACCUGCAGGGGGUGGGGUACAGGGCAGGCUGGCCCGACGGCCUCCUGCCUGCGGAGGAGGGGGAGGGGCUGAGAGACGGCGACGCCUGGAGGGGGGAGCCCUCAGAGGAGGAGAGCGUGGAGGAGGCCGAGCUCUCUGUGGCCGUGGGCGUGGCUGAGGGCCAGAUGGAGAACAUCCUUCAGGAGGCAUCGAAGGAGGACGCGGGGGCGGAGGUGCAGAAGGAAGCCAGCGUCAAUGGGCACCACCUCCAGGACUCUCUGGAUGAACCUGAGGAUGACUCCCUGCCCCUACCUCCACCCUCUGCUCCACCUCCAGCCAUGGAGCCUCCCACAGACCUGCCCGCCCAGAGCCCGGAGGAGCCAAACCCGGAGAGCGGGUCCUCCAGUGAGGAAGAGGAGCCCAGCGAAGAGCCCCGUGCUCCCAGCCCGCCGCAGCCUCACGGCGAGAUGAGGACUAUGACCAAUGGCCACGGCCCCCUGCUGGUGCAUGAGCUGGAGGCUCCGGAGGACCGCAGCGAGAGUCCCGACCCCAGGCCCGAGGACCGGGCGUCGCUCAUGGAGAGCUCCACAGAGACGCUGACCGAGGAGACGGCCACCCUGGCACAGCCGCACGUGUGCCCCCCUCCCAGGCCCCCGGCGGAGCCCAGACACCUGCGCAAGGGGCCGGAGGAGCAGGGCGUCCUGAGGACUUUAAACGGAGGCCCGCCGCGCCCUUCCCCCGGCGCCCUGCCGCCCGUCCCGGCUGAGCCGGGGCCCCUGCAGAACGGGGAGGGGCCCGAGGGCGGGCCCCAGGUGAACGGGGAGCGGGCCCCGCUGAGCCGGCAGGUUUCGGCGGCCAGCUGCGGCUCCCUGACGCUGCACGCGCGGAGCGGGGGGUGCGGAGGGGGCCUGGUCUUCCAGCACCGCUGCCUCCACGCCCUGCUGGGCCGCCCCCCGCCCAGCCCCGAGCAGCCCGCCCGCAGCCACCUGGACGACGACGGGCUGACGCUGCACAACGACAUCAUCCAGCAGCGCCUGCGCCAGAUGGAGGCCGGACACCAGAUGGAGGUGGAGACGCUGAAGAGGCAGGUGCAGGAGCUGUGGAGCCGCCUGGAGAGCCAGCAGCUCUGCGGAUCCCUCCGGAUCAACGGCGACGUCGGGGACGAAGUGACGUCGAUCCCGGACUCGGAGUGCAACCUGGACCAUAACUGCCUGUCGCGCUGCAGCACGGAGCUCUUCUCUGAGGCCAGCUGGGAGCAGGUGGACAAGCAGGACACCGAGGUGACCCGGUGGUACCCGGACCACCUGGCGGCUCAGUGCUAUGGCUGCGAGAGCCGCUUCUGGCUUGCCACCAGGAAACACCACUGCAGGGGCAGGGAGCCUGUCCAAGACGCCUGGAACUGCGGGAACGUGUUCUGCGCCAGCUGCUGCGACCAGAAGAUCCCUGUGCCAAGCCAGCAGCUGUUUGAGCCCACCCGCGUCUGCAAGACCUGCUACAGCAGCCUGCAAGUGGCCAGCGUGCCCCGGGACCUGGAGCUGGAGAAGCCCAUCGCCGCCAGCUCCAACUAGGGUCCCCGGGGCCCGGACACGCACAGGGCCCCGCGGCCCCUCGACACGCACGCUGCAGAGGGACUGAAGAGUCCGGGGGGGAACGAGUCUCCUUUGUACAUUCUGUGUGCGGUGUAUAUAUUGGAUUUUCCCCGAGUGAAUGGAAAUCUCGUGUAUAUACAAUGGCGCAUUGUAUAUAUGGAGGUGACUGUAGAGAAAAAGGCCAUGUUUUUGAUAGAGGCUCAGCACUUUGGAUUGUACGGCGCACAGCGGUGGGAUGGACGGACAGGCGGACGGAUUCGCACACAGACCUGCUGAAGGCAUUAGACGCAGCAGGGCUGAUCCCAGACCGCGGCGGAGUGAUUCACGGUGACGGGUCGUCACGGAGACGACGCGAUGCGGCGGAGCCUGAGGCCUGCGUUCAUUUCACAUUCGCUUUUCCUUUUCUCUCCGGCAAAUUGCUUUCUUCCUAACAUUAUCUCCAGACAACUUCAAAGCGUCGUCUCCCAGUGUCGUUUCUUGUGUUUUUCAUGUCAUUGUGGCACACGGGAGGGGCAGGAGUGGAACUGUGAUGGGUGUAAUGAUAACGCAUCUCCUCUGACUGACCCCUGGGGAACGCCUGUCAGGGAGGGAGGGGGGGAGUCUGUAACAGAGGAUGAUGAAACACAGGAAGGAUCUCGGGUGCUUUUUUUUUUUUUUGUUUCCGUUUGGUGUCUAAAAAACGUGAAGAGAGAAGUUGAGAUUUGGUCUGCUCAUGGGAACCUCCGUCAAACCCCUCGUUAGGUUUCCCGUCUCUGGUCUGGAACCCAAAGCCUCGGGGCAGACCCCUGUGGAGCUGCUCUGCCUCCCGGUGGAGAAGCUUCCGGCACACUGGCUGUCCCUGCUCUGCGUACCCAACGGCCUGGCAACCAUUAAUAUUCCCUGCGCCACUGCCAAAUGUCUUUUGAUUUCGCUGAAAUAAAUGAAUGAGAUUUGAUUUGCUUGGCACAGGCAGAGCGAUUGUUAGCGUCAUUGUAAAACAGCCGUAUGCUUGGCCUCGGAGGGCUGCAGGGCUUCAGGAAUGUGUCAAUGUUUUGGCUGCAGCUGUGAAUCACGUAGAGAAUGAAAACAGCAGUUGAACUCCUGCAGUCAUUUACUAGGUGAAAGGGGAGGUGGUUUGAUCUAUACGAGCAAUAGGAUGAUGAAAGCCAGGCUUGCUUUUUAUCCAUUUUCCCCAGCAAGACUGUACCCCACCACUGAAGCUUGGCCUGGGGUUGGGCGGUCUGUGUGGAGCAGUCAAUCUCUGCAGGUCACCUGUUUUCUGAUUGGUCCUGUAACAUCUCAGCCACACCUGCCUCCUCUAGAGCUGCAUGACGAGGGGAACCUCCCACCUUACUCUCCAGUGACGCCCUCUCCUGGUCAAGGGCCAGGCAGGGGCCAUUGACUCUAGUGCGUUGUUAAAAUAGAAAUUGAAUGAAUGAAAAAAUAUAUACAUAUAAAUAUGUAAUAUUUAAAAUAAAUAUAUAUCUUUGAAUAGUGGCUCAGAAUAGGUCACUAGAAAGUUUUUUUUUUGUGUUGAUCUUUUUAUUUUUUAAAUGCUAAGUCAGAGAAAGAAAAGGAAAGACAAAAAAAAGAUCCUCAACAAGUCAAAUCUUUGAUGUUGAGUUGUCAGUUUGUUGACAGCCAAGUUGCAGAUGCGGAGCUUUUAAGAGGAGCAGGGGUGCCUGUUGUGUUUUCCCUCGUCGUCAAUGCUGUCAGUACCACGUUUUUUUUGGUCUGUUAAUUCUCAUCUUGUUUCAGGAGCAGUAGCUCCGUAUGUGACAAUUGAAUUGCUGUAGGAUAAUCACAAAUGAGGUGGGUUGGUCCAUGUGAGCAAGGCUGGAGCCCCUGUAUCUUACAUGAACAGCCUAUGCACUGAAAGACGCGGUGGUCAGAGUUGUGUAACUCCAUCCCCCAUCCACAAAGAGCGUGUUUGUGUGUGAGCGUGGGUGUGUGAGCGUGGGUGGGUGGGUGAGGUGGGGUGGGGCUGGUUCUUUGCAGCUCCAGGUAUGGCCUGAAUUUAUAAACAGGCAGAUAAAUGUUGGUUUGUACAGCAAGUAGCAUUCAUGGGGCUAAUGUAGAAAGUGCAAUGAUUCAUGUUCUGUACCCCCAAUCCAGGACUCGGAAGCACUCAUUCACCUGCUGUGAAACGGUGCAUUUCAACUGAGCCAUAGAUGUGUGAUUUACAAAUGUUUUAAAAGGGGAAUGAAUAUAUAAUUCCCAGGUACAGGGUAGGCCCAGUAGGUAGAGUACAUUUUGUGUUCCAUAAGGCCAGAGUGCUCCUGGCUUCUAAUAAGGCAGAAGUGGGUUAGCGUUGCUGCUAGUGAGGUCAGAGCAAGCUUUCCCCCACCAGACCAGCCAGGAGUUGGUAAUCCUAUAUCCAUUAGAGUACUAAAAUAGUCCAGAUGUUGGCGCAAAUGUGAGAUUCCAGAGACCUGUGUUUACUGCCGCAGAAGACCCGCAUGGUUAAAGUGAAAUCAACAUGUCAAGUGUUGCAGCAGUAUUAUAACGAUGGCAGUUGAAACUCUGGGUCUUGGUUCUGUUAGCGGGGGAUGGAGUGGGGUGUGUGUGGUACGUACAUGGAGUCUGGAGGAAUCCUUCUGCUGUGCUUGGCUCUUCUGGGUUCAUAUUUACCCGUCUGCUGAUUUCUCUGAUUUACUUGAUUUAGAAAACUGCCGUUCACAAGAUUCCUUUGAGGAUCCCUGCCAGUGGUCAGCAGUUGAGGGGUGCUGGGUCUAUAGUCUGUCUGAGAGAGGAGGGGUGGGUGUCAGGUGCCAAGCAGUCCUAGUGGGCUCUCAGACUGGGAUCACUCGUGCUUUUGGGUUUCUCCCCCCUUUUUAGUUGAAAAGCACUUUCUGAGUUCUCAUAGCUCUUCCUCUUUGUGGAAGAGGAGCGUAUGUAUUUACAGGUAGCUGUACAUACCCGUUUUCUGUAACACAAAAAGUGCUCCUUUACUCAGUAUGAAUAUUUUGUUUUUGAGUUUACUUUGAAGAGCAUUACAUUGUAGAUUUCAAGAAAGUUCAAAUAAAGUUUGGCAAUUGCGCUUUGCACUUGCUAACCAAAGGAGGUGUUUGUGCCACUUUGAGAUGUCUGAGAACCACACUAUUUGAAAUGAGAUGCUAUGAUUAUAAAGGGCCAGAUCAAAGUUUAGGCCUCUAGAUAAUUUAUUUCCAGUUUUCCCAGUGUAAGACUGAAGGCUUACCAUUUCGAUUAUUUUUAUUAGAUGAGAGAACACAGCAAUAGGAAAAGAAGAUUGGAGAAUUCAGUUUUCUGUUUUGGUUGAAUUAAGUUGUUUAUGGGCUCUCUUGGUCAUCACCUCAACAUUUGGGAUGUACAGAAUGAAUGAAUAAAAUGUUGAUUAAUGUGA